AUGCCCAAUCCAGUAAUAAUUAUCCAAAACCCACUAGAACUAGACUAUAGUAAUCUAAUUAAACAAAUAAUACCCAAAAUUAUAGGAUCAAAUAGAUUAGAUGUAUUAAUAAAAGAACCAAUAAAAAAUGUAACAAAUUUAAAUGAUAUUUUAUAUAAUUAUUAUAAUUUAAUAAGAAAUGAAAUAAAUAAAUUUAAUUUUGAAGAUUAUAAUUUUCAAAUUAAUAUAAUUUUUAAUAUAUCUUUUUCAAAAUAUAAAAAGUUAUUACAAAAUUGGAAUCAUAUUUUUAUAUCAUCAAAAGAAAAUGACUUGCAAAAUUUACCAAUACCGAUAACUGAAAUCGAUACUGAAUUAAGUGAGGUAAAACUAGAUUCAAAUUGUUCAAAAAUUUCCAAACAAUUUGAAACUACUGCUGUUGGAGGAACAUUUGAUCAUUUACAUGAUGGUCAUAAAAUUUUAUUAUCAAUGGCAUAUUUUCUUACAUUAAAAAGAAUGAUUAUAGGAAUAACAGGUAAUGAAUUACUCAAAAAUAAAAAAUUUAAAGAAGUUUUAGAAACCUUCACCAAAAGAAAACAAUCAGUUAUUCAAUUUUUAGAUAUAAUAUUUGAUGAUUUAAAUUUAAGAUUUGAAAUUUAUGAAAUUAAUGAUAUUUGUGGUCCAACUGGAUAUUUACCAAAUAUAAAUAGUUUAAUUAUAAGUCAUGAAACUUUAAAAGGUGGAGAAUUUGUAAAUAAAUAUAGACAAGAUCAUGGUUUUAAAAAAUUAGAUAUAACUGCAAUAAAAGUUAUUGGAGAUAAAAACAGUAAUGAAAAUAAUUUAUGGAAGGGGAAAUUAAGUUCAACAGAUAUAAGAGAAAGAGAAUUAAAAAAAUUAAAACAAUUAGAAAAUAUUAAUUGA